AUGGGCGGCUGCGGAGUAUUCGGAGCCACCAGCCUCAGGAACAGCUUCUUCCCGGAAGCUGUUAGACUGUUGAACUCGAUCAUCGGUAUCGGCGGCGUAACCAAUGGAGGAAAAACCACCCUCACCAAUAGACUGAUCAAAAACCUGCCCAACUGUUGUGUGGUCCAUCAGGAUGACUUCUUUAAGCCCCACGAUCAGAUUGAAGUCAGUGAAGAUGGCUUUAAGCAGUACGAUGCCUUGAUGAGUGUGAUCUACGCAUGGUUGGAUAACCCGGUGAAGUUUGAGAAAUCUCAUGGCGUUAAUAACACCCUGGACACUGAGAUUGUCCCAAAGUCUGACACUAUGGAGGAGGAGACUCAGAUCCUUAUUGUGGAAGGCUUUCUGCUUUACACCUACGAACCUUUGAUCGACGUGCUGAACCAACGUUACUUUAUUUCCAUCCCAUAUGAAGAAUGCAAAAAGAGGAGGUGCUCAAGGAACUACAGGGUGCCAGAUCCACCUGGCCUGUUUGAUGGCCACGUCUGGCCCAUGUGUUUGAAACACAAGAACACAAGUGCUCUGUAG